CAGUACUCCUGAACGCCCAGCUGAGGACGCCGGAACUCCCGAAACUAAAUAUCUCCGCCUUGGCAACGCACGUUUCAGUUGGAAUUGGGAACACGAGGGCCAGAGUCGGAGCUUUGAAUCUCGUCGUGUUUAUACCUUUGCGGCUUCUUGCGACAGGGAAUCUCUUCGGGGGUCUACAAGACGCAGAACGAGUGCGUCGUUGGUGAAGACUCGAGGUAUCGAUUGAAGGACACAUUGGAGGUAUAUUCGAAGUCAAGCGAUCUUGAAACUGGACGCGCUCGGGAGCUAGAAAGCGUCGACGAUUUGGUCUCCAUUCAUCCGAUAUCGCGCUAUUCGAGCCGGGUAUUGGUCGGAUUACAUUGGUUUAAUCCCGGUAUCCGUGGGGCAGGUAUUUCAAAAUGGGGUGUAUGAGCUCGAAACCCGUCGACACGACGGACAAGGAUGCGCUCCAGCGGACUGCUCGGAUUGAAAAGGUCUUGAAAAAUGAUAAAAAGAACCUGGACAGGACCAUCAAGAUUCUCCUUCUUGGUGCUGGAGAGUCUGGAAAAUCGACAAUCAUCAAGCAAAUGCGGAUCAUUCAUUCGGGAGGGUUUCCUGAUGAAGAGCGGCGUCAAACACGCGCGGUAAUCUAUUCCAACCUUGUAAUUGCGUUCAAGGUCUUGUUGGACAUUAUACGCGCGGAGAAUAUCCAAUAUGAGAGCGAGAAGACACAGCCAUUGGCGGAUCUAGUGGACAGCCUAGAGCCUGACGUAGGCUGCGACGAAGCCUUUUCGGACCUCAAAGUGCGCGACGCUAUGAUAGGCAUGUGGGACGACCAAGGGGUGCAGAAGGCCGUCGCUCGGGGGCAUGAGUUUGCUCUCCAUGACAACCUGCAUUACUUUUUCACGUCGCUUGACCGGAUCUUCGCACCGGGCUGGCUUCCCGACAAUCAAGACAUGCUGCAAGCUCGUUUACGGACAACAGGAAUAACCGAGACCCUGUUCGAGUUGGGUCAGAUGAAUUUCAGAAUGAUGGACGUUGGUGGUCAACGGUCUGAGCGGAAGAAGUGGAUCCACUGUUUCGAGGGCGUUCAAUGCCUUCUGUUCAUGGUCGCAUUGUCCGGUUACGAUCAGUGUCUCGUAGAAGACCAAAAUGCCAACCAAAUGCACGAAGCCAUGAUGCUCUUUGAGUCUCUAGUCAACGGAGAAUGGUUCAAGCGGAAACCUAUUAUUCUCUUCCUCAACAAGAUCGAUCUCUUCAAGGCGAAACUCGACGUCUCCCCGGUAUCCAACCACUUCCCCGAUUACAACGGCUCGAAUGUCGAUUUCGACGCUGCCGCCAGGUACUUCGCCGAUCGAUUCCGCGGCAUCAAUCGGAUACCAGAUCGCGAAAUCUACGUCCACUACACGAACGCCACCGAUACAACCCUGCUGAAAGCAACCAUGGAUUCGGUGCAGGACAUGAUAAUCCAGAAAAACCUUCAUACCCUCAUCUUAUAAGCGGGGACAGAUGCUCCUCCUCACCAGGGAAAGAUCGGCUUUCACGAGAACCUCCACGAGCACGAACCUUCGACUUUCAUUUUUCUAAUCUACCGUCCUUUAGAUUGCAUUCCCCGAGCGAUAUCCACGCCAUGCCAUGCCAUACGAUGCCAUUUCGGCUCGCUCGGACCUACCACACACCACCACCUUAUAUAUCCCACUUUCUCUCUCUCACUUCUCUGUGCCUAGUCCCCGCCCAAGGGCGUCGGGUCCUAACACAUCUACUUAUUCGGCACGCCUCAUGAAAAGCCCAUAGUACCCGGUGACCUUACGUUUCUUUCGGUUCAGCGAGGGUCUCAUUCCAUUUUUCCUAUAUAAUGCAGAUUGAUACCAUCUCCUCUUGUAUUAAUUUGAUUUUCCUUCAUGACACAUUAAUCAUGUGCCGGACGAUUUCGCCAUUCUCUUUUUACCUUUCUCACUAAUCUAAUCUCUGCGUUAAUUGAUUUCCUCGCCGACUCUCCAGCCUUAUCUACCCACUGGGAUUUUCCGUCUCAAACUUCAUCCCUUUUGUAUCUUUUUACCCGGAUAUAUAGUAUUCAUUCCAUGCGCUUAGC